AGCGUGUAGUUAACAGACACCGGUCGGCCACUGCAGCGGAAACACGUUUUGUUAUAUGAGCAUCUCCAUAUAUAGAAUUACGCGUCAUCGGUAUGCUAAUGUUGAUGUCAUAUUCAGGUCAAAAACUAGAUCGAGGACGCGUCAACCUUCCACACGUCAAGAUGGUAUCACUCACUAUAUAAGCGGGUUACACUGUCUAAGUUGGCACACUCAGCACAGGAUCAGCGAGUCACUUGGCACUACAAUUAAUGGAACGGAACAACGAUUCAAAAAUGGUCAAAGGUUUAAUGGAAAGACUGAACGAUGGGGAGCACGUGAUCAUAGCAGAGGGGUUCGUGUUUUAUUUCGAAAGAAUGGGAUACCUCCAAGCUGGGUCAUGGGUGCCAGAAGUAGUACUCAAUCAUCCAGACAAGGUCAAAAGUUUAUAUAGAGAAUUUGUAGACGCCGGAAGUGACGUAGUAUUAGCGUUCACCUAUUAUGCAACCCGUGAGAAAACCCGUUUGAUUGGCAAAGAAGAUACCCUGGAGCAACUCAACAAAAACGCACUGAAAAUGGCUCGUGAAGUUGCUGAUGAAAAAGGGGUUCUUAUGGCCGGAAAUAUUUGUAAUACUAAUAUAUACCAACCUGGUAAAAAAGAUCGCGAAGAUGAAAUCAAAGGAAUGUUUAAGGAAAUGAUUGAAUGGUCGGUUGAGGCUGGUGCUGAUUUCAUAUUAGCGGAAACAUAUGCACAUCUUGGUGAAGCCUUGUUAGCAGUUGAAGCGAUUAAGGAGCACGGAAAAGGCCUUCCCGCGGUCGUUACAUUCGCUCCAUUUGUUACAGCGACGAAAAACGGAAAGGCGAUAACUGCCGAUAAAGUACUGCUGACUGAGGCGUGCAAGCAGGUGAAGGAGGCUGGAGCGGACGUGGUCGGUCUCAACUGUGGCCGUGGUCCGAAUACAAUGUUGCCUUUGAUGAAAGAUAUUAUGAAAGUUUGUCCUGGCCCAUUUGCUGCUAUACCAGUUCCAUACAGAACAUGCGAUAAGGAACCUACUUUCUUCAUGUUAACUGAUCCUGUUACAGGAAAAAAGGUGUUUCCAACUGAAACUGAGGUGUGCUCAUGCAGUCGGGAGGAUUUCUCAGAUUUUGGUAAACAGUGCAAAGACUUGGGAAUCCAAUUCGUCGGUGUAUGCUGUGGCAAUCGACAUUACUAUACAAGGUCAUUGGCCGAGGCGUUAGGGCGAAAACCAGCAUCCACAACGUUCUCGCCUGACAUGACCAAGCAUUACGUCUAUGGUUCCGAUGCCAAAGUCAGGAAAGAUGUUUCUGAAGAAAGUAUGGAUCUGUACCACACCCUUAGGGAUAUCUAAUAAUCUAAAUGUGAAUUUUGAGAUACCGAUUUGUGUGCGAAUAAAGAAAGUACU